CGGCUACGGAAACCCGGCCUGGUUGAAGUCUCGGACGCAGACGCCGCUGACGCCGACGAAGAGGACCCCGUACCCGCUGGCAAACGUGUCAUUUGCUCGGUGGGGGGCAUCGAGGCUGUCUCCGCUGGUUUCAUCGAGGAUCUCCCAGCUGAACUGCUCAUCGACUCUGGUGCAAUCGCCAGCCUGGUUGGGUCGCGUGUCCGGACCCGUCUUGGGCUCACGGACGCGCCACUGCGAUCGUACCACGGACGUCUUAACGCCGUGUCCGGCCACAAGUUGCGCAUCCGGGGCGAGAUUGACUUGCCGUUGCGUUUGGGGUCGCUGGAGAAGAUGAGGCCGUUCGUCGCGAUCCGCGCCGUGAUCGACCUGGAUGAGAACACUAUGACCUUGAAGGACACUGGCGAGGUCCUCCCCUUGGGUACUCCUCGCGUCGAGGAGACGUAUGUCUCUCGCAUCGCGUCGACAGUGCGCAUCUGCCCCGGUGGCCAGGCUCUGGUGGCCUCGGACGUCGUAGGCAAGGCUCCGGAGAACACCACGGUGUUGAUCGAGGGACGCCCCGAGCUGGACGAGAACGUGAAGGUCGCCCGAACGCUUUGCUCGAUACGAGAAGGCAAGACUAUC